CAUGGCAUUACAAGAUGUUUAGAAUAUCAAAAUUUUUUUACAAAUAUUCCAAAGAAUCAUCUAAGAAAGAGCAAAAUUUACCUUCUCUUCCCUGUGAAUUCAUUUUACCAAUAAUUUGCCAUUUAAGUAAUGAUAAAAAAUCAUUGUGCUCUUGUCUUUUGGUCAACAGAUUUUGGUGUCAAGAAACUAUAAAAGUUUUGUGGUGUAAACCUUUUAAAUUAUUAUAUACAUGCAAGAAAAAGCCUUGUUUUUGUUCUACUGAAAAAAGAAGAUCUCAAGCUGCAAACCUUUUAUCAACAUAUCUUUCAUGUAUUCUACUUAAAUACAAAGAUUCUUAUAUUCAAAAUAAAUCUAAUUUUAAAAUUUCAUCUGCUCCAUUAUUUUAUUAUAUUGAUUAUUUAAAUGAUAUAGAUUUAAAUGAAUUAUAUUCAGCAGUAGAGGAUUGGAUAAAAUUUUCCUCUAAUAAAAAACGAAUAUCUGCAGAUAUUUUAAAAUUUCAAAAAAAAGACUAUUUAAAAUUAUCAAAUGAAAGAUAUAAUUAUGUAGAUUUCAUGAAAUUCUUGACUAAUUCAUCAUUCGGUAACGAAAUCUUACCAAAAUAUUCUGGUUCUUCCCCCCGAGAUUUAAUGGUUCAUAUUGUUGUAAAGGCUUUCAUGACUCAAUGUCCAAAGCUUGAAAGGGUUUCAAUUGAUUCACAACAUAUCUAUACACGAGAACAAAUGGAAUAUUUUUGUUCAACAUUGAAAAAAGAAAGAAUUUUGCGACCGGAAAACCUUCCAGUAGAAAUUUACGAAACAUUAAGUUCAUAUACUGGAAAUGGCCCUUGUUUAGAUCAAUUGACUGAACUAAUAUGUACGACUAGACGGUGGAAAUCAACUCUAUUACUUUCAUUAGCCAAAUUUGCACACAACAUAAAAUAUUUGAUAAUAACAAUUAGUUAUCAACGUGAUUAUUUUGUCAGUGAUCCAGCAAGAAUUCAUGAACUGCCAAAAGUUGAACAAGAAGCUUCAUGUUUAGCAACGCUUGUUCAAUCACAAAAGGCAUUAAAACAUUUUGGACUACACAUAUGCUCAGAAGGAUUACCUACAAUAAUGUCUGCAUUAGAAUCUCAAGUUAUUUCUUUAAAUUCAAUAAGUUUUGUGGAUGUAACAUUUUUCGGAUUAGAGAUUUUUGAUAACAUAAGAAAUUUUAAAAAUCUACGAACACUUUCGAUAAAGUCUAGUAGUUUCGACAACUUCGAAUUUUCAUUCUCAUUGAACAAUUUAGAAUUUUCUUUCCUCAAAGAACUUGACUUGAACGGAACAUAUAUUUCCGCUGAAGUAUUAGAAAAAUU